UUUUCCACAUUACCGCCACCAUGUCAGUCUGCCCGCCGCACACUCCCUCCUCCGGACCUUGGAGAGAUCACAUAUUGACACAGUCCUCUUCCAGGCCGGCGCUCGUAGAUUCCCCACAGAUCGCUUCAGCGUCGCUUCUAAAUCCAUUACCGCCGUUAUUACGAUUGUACAACUGGCCGUUCCUCGCCGCAUACCCUGCGUUCUUCAGCUUCUAUCUCCGCCAGGAGACCUACGAUAAACAUAUACAGAGCCAGGAAUGGACGGUCCUCUACUUCGGCACCAUAUUGACGGUCCAAGCGCUCAUAUGGCUGGGAUGUCACUGGAGUAUAGGCUGGAGAGCUAUGGCGACGGGCAGCAAGGCUACACGAGUGGAGGACGCGAAACAGAUCAAGGUCAUCCCGGUGGCGAACUCCGGUGCUGCCGACAUUUGCAAUCUGAUUCACGAUAAGUCUGGGGGUAAGGAUGAGAUUUCUUUUCUUUUCCAGAAGCGUCGCUACAUCUACAACCCCGAAACUGGUUCCUUUGCGCCUCUCGUCUACCCGAUCGAUGCUGCUCCUACGCUCUCCCAGUUCCAGCUAUCCAAGGGUCUUCAGAGCGACAAGGUGAUCAAUCACCUGCUUCACCACUAUGGCGACAAUACGUUCGAUAUCCCGGUUCCCACGUUCUCGGAGCUCUUCCAGGAGCACGCGGUCGCACCUUUCUUCGUCUUCCAGAUCUUCUGUGUCGGUCUUUGGUGCUUGGAUGAAUUCUGGUACUAUUCGCUCUUCACGCUGUUCAUGCUGGUCGCCUUCGAAUCUACGGUUGUCUGGCAGCGUCAGAGGACACUCACCGAGUUCCGUGGAAUGAGCAUUAAGCCGUACGAUCUCUGGGUGUUCCGCUGCGGAAAAUGGACCGAGAUCCAGAGCGACAAGCUUCUUCCGGGCGAUUUGGUCUCUGUCGGUCGCACGAAGGAGGACUCCGGUAUUGCCUGUGAUAUGGUCCUGCUCUCCGGAACGGUGAUCGUCAACGAGGCUAUGCUUUCUGGAGAGUCCACGCCGCUUCUGAAGGAUUCCAUCGCGCUCCGCGCUGGCGAUGCUACCCUUGAGCCCGAAGGAAUGGACAAGAACUCGCUGCUCUACGGCGGUACCAAGGUCCUGCAGAUCACCCACAACACGGCAAACGAGGAGGAGUCAAUUUCGGCAAGUAGAAACGGUGUUCCCACUCCUCCCGAUAAUGGCGGUUUGGCUGUCGUUACGCGUACUGGAUUCGAGACCUCGCAAGGUUCCCUCGUCCGCACCAUGAUCUAUUCGACGGAGCGUGUCUCGGCCAACAACGCCGAGGCGCUGCUGUUCAUCCUGUUCCUUCUCAUGUUCGCCAUCGCCGCGAGUUGGUACGUCUGGACCGAAGGUGUCAUCAAGGACCGCAAGAGGAGCAAGCUGUUGCUCGAUUGUGUUCUCAUCAUCACGUCUGUUGUUCCCCCGGAGCUGCCUAUGGAGCUGUCUCUGGCGGUCAACACGUCUCUCGCGGCACUUGGAAAGUACGCGAUUUACUGCACCGAGCCGUUCCGCAUUCCGUUCGCCGGACGCGUCGACAUUUGCUGCUUCGAUAAGACUGGCACCUUGACCGGUGAAGAUCUCGUCGUUGAGGGUAUUGCCGGCAUUGGCCCGAAGGGUGACCACAAGCAGUUGAAGAAGGUCGAGACCGCUGGACUAGAGACCACCUUUGUCCUUGCCACCGCCCACGCCCUUGUCAAGCUCGACGAGGGCGAGAUCGUCGGAGAUCCCAUGGAGAAGGCCACCCUUCAAGCUCUCGGAUGGACUCUCGGUGCCCGCGAUACUCUCACAUCCAAGGCAACCACGCAGAUUCCCGGCAAGGGUUUUGCCGUCGCCUCUGGUGUUGUUCAGAUCAAGCGUCGUUUCCAGUUCUCUUCCGCGCUUAAGCGCCAGUCCUCCGUCGCCACAAUCAUGGUCGCCGGCGGUAAGAAAGCCACUUUCGUCGGAGUCAAGGGUGCCCCCGAGACGAUCCGCAAAAUGCUCACGCAUGUGCCGGACGACUACGAGGACACCUUCAAGUACUUCACUCGCAUGGGAUCCCGUGUCCUCGCGCUGGGCUACAAGCAGGUGACUACCGACGGCGAGAUGAGCAUCCAGAGGGUCAAUAGCCUUAGCCGCGAGGAGGUCGAGUGCGAUCUUACUUUUGCUGGUUUCUUGGUCCUCAGCUGCCCGCUCAAGGAUGAUGCGAAGAAGUCCGUCCGCAUGUUGAAUGAGAGCUCGCACAGGGUUGUCAUGAUCACUGGUGAUAACCCACUUACUGCCGUCCACGUUGCCAGGGAAGUCGAGAUCGUUGAUCGCGAUGUUUUGAUCUUGGACGCGCCUGAGGAUGAGAACUCGCCACACGAGUUGGUGUGGAGGAGUGUCGAUGAGACCAUCAUCAUUCCCGUCAAGGCAUUAGACCCCCUGGACCCGAAGAUUCUGAGGGAUAAUGAUAUCUGCAUCACUGGAUACGCGUUGAGCAAGGUCCAGGAUCAGCCUUAUCUUGUCCAGCUCUUGAAGCACACGUGGGUUUACGCUCGUGUCUCGCCCGUUCAGAAGGAAUUCAUUCUCACCGUCCUCAAAGAUGCCGGAUACACCACGCUCAUGUGCGGAGACGGAACCAACGACGUCGGUGCCCUCAAGCAAGCGCACGUCGGAGUCGCCCUCCUCAACGGAUCCGAAGAAGACCUCCAGAAGAUCGCCGAGCACUACCGCGUGACCAAGUUCAAGGAGAUGUACGAGAAGCAGGUUUCGAUCACCAAGCGUUUCAACCAGCCCUGUCCCCCUCCCCCCGCCCAUAUCGCCCACUUGUACCCUCCCGGAGCCGGAAACCCCCACUACCAAGUCGCCAUCGAGCGCGAAGCUACCAAGAAGGGUGUUCCCGUCGAGCAGUUCGCUGCUCGUCUCGGCCACACGGCGAUCGAGACGGUUGUCACCCCCGGUGCCCGUGCUCUCCAGAAGACGAACAACCCCGGCCGCAACACCCCGCAGCAGCAGGCGGUCGCCAACCAGGGCGCCGCGCUGGCCGACCGGAUGAUGGGCUCGAUGAUGGAAAUGGAGGAAGACUCCGAGCCGCCGUCGAUCAAGCUCGGCGACGCCUCUGUUGCCGCACCGUUCACCAGCAAGCUCGCCAACGUCAUCGCGAUCCCGAACAUCAUCCGCCAAGGCCGUUGCACGCUCGUCGCCACCAUCCAGAUGUACAAGAUCCUGGCGCUGAACUGCCUGAUCUCGGCGUACUCCCUCUCGGUGCUGUACCUCGACGGCAUCAAGUUCGGCGACGGCCAGGUCACCAUCUCGGGCAUGCUCAUGAGCGUGUGCUUCCUGUCCCUCUCGCGCGCUAAGUCCGUCGAGAAGCUCAGCAAGGAGCGUCCGCAGCCCAACAUCUUCAACCCGUACAUCAUCGGCAGCGUGCUCGGGCAGUUCGCCGUGCACAUCAUCUCGCUGAUCUACAUCUCGCGCUACGUGGCGGUGCUCGAGCCCAAGGACCCCAACGUCGACCUCGAGGGCGAGUUCUCGCCCUCGCUGCUCAACUCCGCUAUCUACCUCCUGCAGCUGAUCCAGCAGAUCUCGACCUUCGCUAUCAACUACCAGGGCCGUCCGUUCCGCGAGAGCAUCAAGGAGAACCGCGGCAUGUACUGGGGCCUUGUUGGCGUCGCCGCAGUCGCCUUCUCGUGCUCGACAGAACUCAUCCCCGAGAUCAACGAGAAGCUGAAGCUCGUGCCGUUCACGGACGAGUUCAAGAUCACCAUGACGGUUACUAUGGCGCUCGACUACGCCGCCUGCUGGGUCAUCGAGAAGGUCCUCAAGGCGGCAUUUAGUGACUACCGCCCUAAGGACAUCGCCGUUAGACGCCCGGAUCAGGACGAGAAGGAGCGUAAGAGGAAUGAGGAGGAGAAACAGGAGAAGAUGAGGGUCGAGAUGGAGAAGGCUGGGCUACAGCAGGCGCAGUAGAUUUUUAUGUACUUAGUGGGUGUGUUACGUGGAUAAAUGGAUGGGUUUUUCUUCUUUUUUUUUACGGUUUGAAAUGGGGAGGGGGGCAGGGCGGGAAGAUAGAAUACAUGGUAUGUGUUGAUGAGAUUUGUACGAAAGUUUGCUUGCUUUCGAUGGGGUGAUAGGUGAGUGUGCGGGUGAGGGUGAGGGUGAGGAUGGGGAUGGGGAUGUUCCCGUGCUGCUGCUGCUGCUGCUGCGAUUGUCUUUGAAAUGGAGAUGGAGUGUAUGAUACUCUUGCAAGUACUACAUAGAACAGCCUCCGCUGAAGUACUCUGCUUAAGUACUGUCUGCACCUUUGA